GCUCGUGGAGGGAGUCGUAGUGGAGGGAAGCGUACCAACCUGGUCAAAAUCCGAUUCCAACCACCACCAACCACACCGCAGAAGUGCGAAUCCGCCCGCCCAACGCCGACACGGCACCACAACACCCCGUCACAGCGGCGCGCCUCCGCCUCCGAGCCACCCCCCGCGCGGCGGCCACCCGCAGCCACCCCGUCCUCAUCCUCGUUGCGCGGCCGAGGGAGAGAUGCGGCGGUCGUCGAGCGGGGCGCGCGUGUCGGAGGGCGGCGACGCGUCCUCGUCGGGCCACCGCGGCGACGGCACGGCGCUCCCGACGUUCGACCCGCAGUCGGCGGCGGGCCGGCGGGAGGCGGCGCGGACCCGGGCGCUGGGGCGCGCCGUGCACUGCAUCCCGCUGUUGCUGCUGCUCUGCGCCCUCGUGCUCUGGCUCUCCGCCGCCUCCACCUCCCCGGCUCACCUCGACUGAUAAUACAAGGGUCUGGCAAAAGGAUAUAAAAUCAGGUUUCCACAGAGUUCCCCCAAAUGGUCAAAAGGGUACAGUGAAGUAGAUCAGGAAUGAUCAGGUAGUACAGGAGGCCUUAAGUUGGUGGUUCGAAGGUUUAGUACAGCAACAAGCUCACCUACUAGGUGACUAUUUUGGAGUAUUCUUUUCACUCCAGAUUGGAGUUCGGUGUGAUUUGGCCCACCAUUACAAUUUGUAUACAAAAAAUUGAGUAUGUAUUCUUUUCAAACACUAACACAUGUAUACAUAUUAUGAGAUUGUUUUUAUACUACCGUUAUGACCGGUUUAGCUUAUAACCGGAGGAGGCCCACCGGGCAUUAGUUAGGGGCUUGGCCCACAAGUUAUCUUAGGAUUAAUUCUUAUGCAAAUUAUUUAGGUUAUAAAUAUAGGUUGUAAGACUCUUUGAGAAUUAAGCAAUAAAGAUAUUAUCAUCUUC